UUAUUAUUAUUAUUAUUAUUAUUAUUAUUAUUAUAUAUCAGAAUUCUCGUCUCUAGAAGCUCAGUUCAUUUCAAUUAUCUGGACGCACAUGCCCAUUAAUAUCAACGUCUAAAACGUUUGAUCUUUUCAUUUCAGCAUCUACAAAAAUAUCAACAAACCUCCAUGAAUCGGCAAAACUAGAAUGGGGAAAACGAAGAAAUAUUGUUAUGGAAUUUGUUUAUUGAGUUCGAUAGUGAUUAAUAUAUUAUUCAGCAUAAAUCUGUACCUAGGUGGAGGUGGAGGAGCUCUACAGCGGGGAGAGAAGAACCUUGAGAUUGUUUAUCGUCCUUCGUUGACUUGGACUGAAAAAGCAGCUGCGGAGGCGGAAGCGGUUGCAGCAAUCUCAUGCUCCGGCCAUGGCAGAGCUUACCUUGAUAGUUUGAUUUCUGAUGGUCAAACUGUUUGUGAGUGCUAUACUUGCUAUGGCGGUAUUGAUUGCUCUGAAUUCUCUCCCGGUUGUUCUGCCGACGCUGAUAGUGGUGAUCCUAUAUUUUUGGAGCCAUUUUGGAUGCAAAAGGCAGAGGACAGUGCGAUUGUUGUAUCAGGAUGGCAUCGAAUGAGUUACAGUUAUGCUGGCUACACUUCCAUGUCCACGAUGUCAUUGGAGGUGGAGAAAUACAUCCAUAAAAUACAUUCCAUUGUGGGGAAUGCAAUUACAGAAGGAAGAUAUUUGGUAUUUGGUAUCGGAUCAUCUCAACUCCUUAGUGCAGCUGUUUAUGCUCUUUCCUCCCAAAACUCUUCUUCUCCUUCAAAUGUCGUGGCUACAAUUCCAUAUUAUCCGAUGUAUGAGGCUCAAACAUUGUUCUUUAAUUCGGAAGAUUUUGAAUUUGAAGGAGAUACAAACUCAUGGAAAUUGAAUAAUGCGACAAACAACAUGGAUGUGAUUGAAUUUGUAACCUCUCCAAACAAUCCAGAUGGGGAGUUAAAGACAUCGGUUAUUGGAGGGAAGACAAUAUACGAUCAUGCUUAUUUUUGGCCACAUUUUACACCGAUUCCAGCUCCUUCAGAUCACGAUUUCAUGAUCUUUACACUUUCAAAACUCACAGGUCAUGCUGGUGCGCGUUUUGGAUGGGCGGUGAUAAAAGAUAAGGAUGUAUAUGAGAAAGUUUCGACAUAUAUCCAAGUGGCUGAUUUGGGGAUUUCAAAGGACACCCAAUUGAGAGUUUUGAAGCUUCUAAAAGUAGCCGUUGAAGACGAUGGUAAACAGCUUUUCAAAUUUGCUUAUGAUAAAAUGAGACAACGUUGGGAUAGGUUGACUUCUGUCUUCUCCAAGUCAACCAGAUUUUCAAUCCAAAAGAGAGAUCCUUUGCAUUGCAAUUUCUUUAACGAAACCAGACUACCAUCUCCAGCUUACGCAUGGGUAAAAUGUGAGCGAGAAGAAGAGGAUGAUUGUCAUGCGGUAUUAGAAGCAGGAAAAAUUAUAGGUCGCACUGGAAGUACGUAUAAGGCCAAAGAUCGUUAUGUCAGACUAAGUCUUAUCAAGAGUCAAGAUGAUUUUGACUUGCUUAUGCUUCGACUCACUGAGUUAGUGUCUCUUGAAAACGAGUUUCUCAGUUAUAAGCAAAACAAGAACGUUAGAAAUGCUCGAGAAGCUGGAAUGACGAAUUCCACACCACCUAAACACCCAAUCCAUUAUGGAACUCGCAACAGGACAUAA